UCUCCCUCUCCGUCUUCCCCUCUCUCUGUCUCGCUCUCUAUCGCUCUAUCUACGAAGCCCUUAACUCAUCGGAAGCACGACCGUGCGCAUUGCAGAGGCUAAACCGCUGUCUGCUUGGAGAUAUCGUCACCGCUGUCGUCGGCCCUUCUUCCUCCUCCUCAUCCACCGCUCUGCAGGAAUUAAGGCUUCCAAAUUCUAGGGUUUCACAUAUCCACCUGGCGAUGUCAACCUUCACCGGCGAUGAGACGGCCCCCUUCUUCGGAUUCCUCGGAGCCGCGGCGGCUCUUGUUUUCUCCUGCAUGGGGGCCGCGUACGGGACGGCGAAGAGCGGAGUUGGGGUGGCUUCAAUGGGAGUGAUGCGACCGGAGCUCGUGAUGAAGUCGAUCGUGCCCGUUGUCAUGGCGGGAGUGCUCGGGAUCUAUGGGUUGAUCAUUGCUGUGAUCAUCAGCACCGGGAUAAACCCUAAGGCCAAGCCGUACUAUCUCUUCGACGGCUACGCUCACCUCUCGUCCGGACUGGCUUGUGGUCUCGCUGGGCUUUCUGCCGGGAUGGCGAUCGGGAUCGUCGGAGAUGCUGGCGUUAGGAAUGACAAAGUGACUAGAUCAUCUUCUGUAACUAAACUUCUCCUUUUUGUCUCCUGGAUCCAGUCCAACCUUGGGACGAGUCUGAGGGUUGAAGCAGUUGGCUAAGCUGGUCUUCGUCAAAGGUAACUAACUUCAUACUCUUAUGGCCAAAGUUUUAUUCACUUUAUUGGGACUUCGUCGAUGUUAGUGAGGUGCACCAUUGCAGAGGAUGGUAAUAGACCAGACCAAAGUUACAUCUUUGACAAUGACAUUGUCAUGGUGCAAGCUUCAUAACAGCUAUCAUUGCAACCAUGCCACUGACAUGACUCCCAUCCGCUUGAACAGGCAGGUUACCUUUCAUUCAAAUCAUGAUUGUGCCAGGUAACAUGAACAAUGAUGGGGACUCCGAUUGUGAGGAGGUAAGAUGUAAUCGAAAGCAUGUGGAAGAAAAAGACUUCACUAAUGCUUCUCAUAGCUGGUGCCACAGGCGGGUUCUCGUGUAAACAUCACUGCAUGGAUUAAUCUUUCACAGUUGAUCAAAAAGUUUGUCUAUGGAAUGAUAUGGUUAUUCACUGGCCAAGAAGGUUAAUCUUUUUUCUCACCAAAAGGUAGACUGUGUUCGUCCUGGAUCUAAAAUAAUAUGCACCAAGCUGUGUCACUAACUAGGCCCCCCUUAAGGAGUAAAUAUUGACCAUUUUCCUAUGCCAGCUCUUAUUAAAAUCUCUCAGUAGCUUUCUCCGAGUAAGUUUCCUGUGUCCACAUGGCAAAUCAUCUCUCAUGUUAGCUUGGUUAGUUAUCUCAAGGUGGAAUAUGUGGCAAGCUUGAAACAGGAAUUAUGCAGUUUCCACUCUCAAAGUACUGCUUUAUGUGUUGUGUAAACUACUUUUCCCACUAGUUGCUGCAUCCAAUUCUUUUUCCAAAUUCUGCCCAGCUGCCUAUAUCUAUGCUUAGAAUGACAUUUAUCUUUGGAGGUGGUGGCUGUUCAUUUGCUUCCCUGUUCCUUUUACAUGAUUCUUCUACUCCUAGAUAACGGCAUGGAGCAUUAGGUUUUGCAGACCUCUUAGAUUAUUCUUACUCUGUUGAAUUUUAUUGUGUAUUAUUUACCACCAUGAUCCUGCUCUUACUAACAGCUUCUUUGUAUUUUUCGGUGCUGUCUACUCCCCUGCAUAAAUUUCUGAAAUAUCAACUUCAAUAUCGAUUUCUGAGGUGCUAGUUUUUUUUUACAAUAUCCAGCUCUUGUAAUAUCAAUUUCUUCAACAUUGACUGUCAGUGAAAUGGUAAUCUGCAACAUGAGUCAUGGAGCUAGUACAGUUUGAAGUUUUACAAGCUUUUGCUUAUAUUUAUCUGCAUCUGUUCCUCCUUAUGUUCUUCCAUUUAUUUUGCUUGUCUGUAGCUGGCCAUGGGGGCUUGUGAAGCACUGGUACAAGCUUAGUGAUCCAAAACAAUUUGUACGACAAGGAAUAUGGCACUGUGGGAAUUGAGGUCAGGAAACCUCAGUUGGGAAGAGGGAACCAGUGAUAAUGAUGACACCGUAUCAACUCUUCAUGGUAAAAGCUCAAUCAAAUUUUGGAAGACCUGCAGCAUGAGUUGUGAUCAUGACAACAGGAAAAGAAGAGGAGAAGUAGCUAAAUAUUUGCAGCCAACCAGAAGACCUUCCGAAUGCAAACAAAUGGCAGCACGAUGGAUCCUCUCCUUUUUUUUUCUUUUUUUUCUCUCAACUAUCCACUGACGAUGACUCUUAGAAGAGAUAUAUAUGGCUACUACUCAUGCUUCACUUCA